UUUGUAUUUCUAUUUAACGUUAUCUCUUUUGAAAUGGUUUAUAUUUUUGUAAAGCCAGAUUAGGCAUUUUUUAAACAAUAAUUGUUAUUAAGACACUUUUGUAAGUUUAUUGUUGUAUUACGAAUAAAAGCAUAGGUCUACAUAUUUCAUCAACCCGUCGACACAUUCAUUUCGUUCCUUGCUUGUGCUUGCCGGUUGUGUGGCGGUCCAUGGACCAUGGCGACGCACACGCUCGUGUCUGACGCGGUGCUCUUGUUCCAGGUGCCGAUCCCAGCUCCCCGCCCAGCAGCGCGGCGUCCCUCGGGGAGGAUCCUGCGGAGGUGUCCGUCGACGAGGGCCGCGAGCUCGACGAGCUCAAACGGGAGCACGGUGGUCAGCUGGGACUGCAGGUGCAGGUGCUUCUCGCUGCAGGACGAGCAAUGUCCAGUGGAGGACGUGGCGAGGGGAGGCCAAGGCGACGGCGAGCUGCAGCCCGAGCAGCGCGAUGAAGAAGUGGCGUCUUCCCGCGGCGGCGAAACCAGGCAGGGUGAUUCCACCGUUGACGUUCAGCAGCCGGUGCAGAACAAGCAGCUGGACGACCAGGAGCCCUCGCGGGUGUUGCGGAGGAAGCGGGUCGGCAAGAAGUACACCGGAAGCGGGAGUGGAAGUAAAAGCAAUCGCUGUGGCGCUCUGCAGGCGAACUCGAGCAAGCGCACCGGCAGGGCCUUCGAAUGCAAAGUCUGCGAGAAGAAUUUUGCACACGCGGCUUCUCUUAAGCGACAUAUAAUGUACCACAAUGGUUAUGCGUUUUACUGAGAAAGGUCAUCUUGUCAAUCACAUGAGGACACACACUGGUGAAAAGCCUUUCAAGUGUGACGUGUGUAAAGUAAGUUUUACUACAAAAGGCCAUCUUGUCGAUCACAUAAGGACACACACAGGUGAAAAGCCAUACAAGUGUGCCACUUGUAAAAUGCGUUUUACUCAGAAAUGCACCCUUGUCAAUCACAUGAGGAGACACACUGGUGAAAAGCCUUACACGUGUGAUGUGUGUAACAAGGCAUUUAAUCGAAAGACAAGCCUCAAUAGACACAAAACAAUUUGUAUUUCUAUUUAACGUUAUCUGUUUUGAAUUCAUUUAUAUUUGUAAAGCCAGUUUAGGCAUUUUUUAAACAAAAAUUGUUAUUAAGACAUUUUUGUGCCGGUCCCAGCUCCUCGCCCAGCAGCGGGGCGUCCCGCAGGGAGAAUCCUGCCGAGAUAUCCGUCGACGAGGGCGACGAGUUCGACGAGCUCAAACGGGAGCACGUUGACCAGCUGGGGCUGCUGGUGACGUCGUGCUUCUCGAUGCUGGACAAGCAAUGCCCAGUAAAGGACGCGGCGAGGGGAGGCCCCGGGGACGGCGAGAUACAGCCCGACCAGCGCGAUGAAGGAGUUGCGUUUUCCUUCGACGACGCAAACAGGCAGGGUGAUUCUACCGUUGAUGCUCAGCCGAAGCAGAACAUCCAGCUGGACGCCCAGAAGCCCUCGCUGGUGUUACGGAAGAAGCAGCUCGUCAGGAAGUACACCGGAAGCGGGAGUAGAAGUAAAAGCAAUCGUAGUGCCGCUGUGCAGGCGAAUUCGAGCAAGCGCACCGGCAGGUCCUUCCAAUGCGAAGUCUGCAAGAAGAAUUUUGGACGCGCGUUUUCUCUUAAGCGACAUAUUAUGUACCACAAUGGUGAAAAACCAUUUAGCUGUGACCUCUGUCCCUCGCGUUUUACUGAGAAAAUUCAUCUUGUCAAUCACAUGAGAAUACACACCGGUGAAAAGCCGUACAAAUGUGACUUAUGUAAAACGAGUUUUAAUAAGAAAUUCUAUCUUGACGUUCACAUGAGGAGGCACACUGGUGAAAAGCCAUAU